UUAAUUACCGAAAUUUUCUCACUAAGCUACGAUUAUUUGACGCGAUUUGACGGAUGUGUGACGUGACGCCGAAGCUCUACGUUUCUUAAUUCCUGAUUCCUGCUACCUCCUCGACAUGACUUCUUCUCCUACUAAUCGCAUGCGUUUGUCGCUGCCUCCGCAGCAAAUGGGGUCAGAUGAGUCCUUCGACAAUACGUUCGCUGACGAAGAGGAUGAUCCUCAUAUUAAUAGACUAUGGGAGAUACAUAGGAGGAUACAUUCGCUUAGGGGCAAAAUGAGUAAGCAAGAGCUAGACACAGUCGAAACGAUGUCCGACGAGUUCGACGAGGGCACUUCUCUCCCCCCGACUUAUCUUGUUUUGAAGGUGGCAUCAGAUAUCAAAGAGAAUACUCUGACGUGGCUGAUAGACAAAAUCCGGGGUAAGCGUCGCGACGGAGGCGCCGAACUGAUCGUAAUGCGUCAACCAUGUGACCCAGAAGACGGCUGGAUGCUGCACCUAUCCGCGUCAAAAAUCAAAUUCCUGGAGACCGCGGAGGAGAUGGAACUGAUGAAGGAGGACAAAGCGGGGGUGAUGAGGGAGUUCACGGUCAGUCAGUUGGAGGAGUUCCUCCCGGAGGGGAUGCACGUGGACGAUUUGUUGACGCUUGCUGAAAAGCAGACCAUCGUGAGGCACGAAUUAGAGAAUAUAAGGGCUCUGGCGGAAGACGCACACAUUCCGGGAUAUCCCACGUAUACGCUGUACGAGGGGCAAUCAAUAUUCCAGGUUUGCGUCAAGUUCAACAUUAUCCUGAAUGUGUACCCGCUGCAUGAUCAAGAAGCGCUGAAGAAACUAGGGAAGAAGUGGUAUAUGUCAUUCGGGGAUCAACCAAUCGAGGAGAUCCGGCUCUACUUCGGCGAAGCGAUCGCCCUCUACUUCACUUUCCUGGGCUACUACACCGCCACCCUGGUCGUGCCCGUGCUGCUCGGCCUGCUCCAGCUCAUCGUCUACUCCGACACCAUGUCCUUCUUCUGCGUCUUCAACGUGGUCUGGGUCACCCUGGUGCUGGAGAUCUGGAAGAAAAAAAGCAACGAAUUAGCUUUCAAAUGGGGCACCAUCAGCAUGACGAGCAUGGACGAGCCCCGACCGAAUUUCAGGGGGUCGAUGGGCUAUGAUGCCAUCAGCGGAAAGCUGCAGCCACAGAGUCCGAGAUAUUUCACAUAUAUCAAGAUGUAUUGUGUGUCCGUCCCCGUGGUAUUCCUGUGUCUCGUGGGCGGCUUCUUCAUGAUGUUAGCGUCCUUCUGGGCCGAAGACUACCUCAAACAAAGCCACGCCUCCGACGAGUACAUCAUACUAGUACCAAGCAUAAUCUACUCAAUCCUCGUUUUCGUGGUCAAUGCUUACUAUAGACGUUUAGCGACUUUUCUGACUGAAUGGGAGAACCACCGAACACAAUCCCAAUUCGACAGACACCGCGUAACCAAACUAGUCCUCUUCGAAUUCGUCAACAACUUCAUGUCUUUGUUCUACAUCGCUUUCAUCAUCAGAGACAUGGAAAUGUUGCGAAGUCAACUACAGACAAUGCUGAUCAUCUUCCAGUUGAUCAGUCACAUGCAAGAAGCGCUUUUACCAUUCACCAUUAAGUACUACGGAGCCAAAUUCGCCUCCUGGAGGAAGAGCUUCUUCUCCUCCUCCAGAGAAAAGAACAAAUUUUACAGAAUCGCCACCGACGAGCAGCUAUUUCCAGUACUGCGAUCCCUCCCUUACCUCCCCAUAGACGACACCAGGAUCGAAGAAGCCAGCAAAGAAGGCGACAUGGAGGACUACACCGACACCUACGACGACUACCUGGAGCUCUUCAUCCAGUUCGGCUACGUUUUCCUCUUCUCGCCGGUGUACCCAGUGGCGGCUUUCUGGGCGCUUUUCAACAACGUGGUGGAGAUCCGCGCCGACGCCUUCAAGCUGUGCAAGAUUUUCCAGAGGCCGAUGAGCAAGAGGGUGAAGGAUAUCGGAGCGUGGCAACGCUGCUUCGAGAUUAUAGGGGCUAUGUCCAUUAUGACGAAUUGCGGGUUGUUGUGUCUGAGUCCGGAGUUGAAGAGGUCGGCACCGGAGAUGGGACAAGUCGAGUGGGUGUUGCUUUUUGUUUUGUUGGAACAUGCGUUGCUGGGGAUUCGGUAUCUGAUGCACAUUACCAUUUCGGAUAAGCCGGAGUGGGUGAGGGUUGCUCUUGCAAGGAGGAAUUAUGAGUCGAAGCAGGCGCUUAAAUUCGAGAGGUCCCAGAAAAACCGACGCUUGCUAACAAGAAAGUUCAAAACAAUACACGGAACGCACGGCCACUAAUAGCAGGACACGAUGGAAUUUUUUCGUAUCGAUCGUCGUAAUGUGCGUGUCUGGCUGUUAUCCUGACAGGACGAAUUGACGCACCUGUGGAGCUCCUGGGUGGGACAGUGUACACAUCGCGUGCUACAUUUUUGUACAGUUUUGUAAUGUAUGGAAAUAAAUCAUUCAGGACA